UAAUCUUCAGUGCCGAAAUUUUUUUAUCUACUUCCUGCAAAAUAUAAACAAUUACGCAUAAACCAAAACAAAGGAAAGUGGAAAGUGAAAAACUGUUAGAACAUGCCGUUUCUGGGACAAGACUGGCGAUCACCAGGGGAUCAGUGGGUAAGAACAAAAGAAGGAUGGGAAAGACUAAAGUUAUGGAGGAUAAAAGUGUUUGAAAAUUUGAACGAAAGCAUCCUUGCAAGGUUAAUCCGAUUGGCUGUAUUAAAUUUUGAAGGCGAGAAUGACAAUGACCAAUACACGCACCAACCCAGGAUUCAUUUCAUCAAAACUUUGUCAAGAGAGCGUAAAGUCGUGACAACAUUGAGCGAAUCUUUUAUCCUUUUGGACAUGACAGGUGCUGUGAAAGAUAUCAGAAGGUUCAAUUAUGUCAAGAAGAUACUACAUGUAUUGUUGAGUAAAAGUUUAGUGAACAUGUCAGGAACGUCACAGAAAUAUAUCUUCAGUAUAUUAGACGAAAUGGUAAUCCAAGUUGUUAAGACCAAGAACAACACCAAAGCCAUGUCAGAUUUACUUGAUUGUGCCACAAAUUCUCUCAACGAUGGUAGAUACAGCCAUAUUGGAUGUACAACCUUGUGGAACAAACAUUUCCAAGCAGUUCAAAGAAUGAAAAACAAAUUGAAUGGUUGUAAAACUUUUAUGAGAAAGGAAGAUGGGAAACCUACAAUAUCUGAUUUACCAGAAGACUGCAUUAGAUGUAUCCUGGAAAGAUUGGCUGACCAUAAAGAUGUAGUCCACACUGGCAUGACAAAGUCAAGUAUCUUUCACAUCACAGAAUCACAGCUCAUAUGGAAACACAUGAGUUUCUUCCAUUUCACAGACAGACAGUUACUUACCUUUGUACCAGAUCAACUUGGUAUCGAUGAAGAUUUUAUAAACUGGAAACAUAUCUACAGAAAAUGCUUCUUGAGAUAUGGAAGAAAAGAAAUAUAUGCAGAUACGCUGGCUAUAUGUUUACAUUGUGACAACAUCUUUUGGAAGUCAAUUGGUCAUCCCUGUAUCAGUAAAGAAGAGCCAGCGGCCAGAAUCCUCCAGCCAGAAGCUUUUUUGAAACUAUUCAAUUUCUGAAUCUCCAUUAUAACAACAGAUCUCAGCGCAAGGAUAAUCAUACAAUCAGAUCUGAUAUCAUUAACAUAUAGCAAUAAACAUUUAUUGGAAUGCGAGUGUUCAUCAAGAAAAUCCAAUAAUUAUGUGAUACAUGUACAAAAAUGGGCAGAAAAGUUCAAGCUACAGAAACUGUCAGAACAAGUAAAUUUGUUAUUUCAGAAUUUUAAAGAUCUGAAAUAUAUUUUCAGAGGUAUUAGAAUUUUAUUUUGAAUGGUUAUAAUUACGCAAUGGACAUUCAGCGAAUGCAAUGGUAUACUUUUAUAAUUAACCAAUGGACAUUCAGCAAAUGCAAUGGUAUACUUUUAUAAUUAACCAAUGGACAUUCAGCUAAUGCAAUGGCAUACUUUUUCUUUCAUUUUUGUCAAUCAAAAAUAAAUACCAAUGGCACGCGAGAUUUUGAAAUCAAAUUGGAUUCUUUUAUAAAACAGAAAUAUGUUAUCCUUUCUUUUUUUGUGUGUUUUUAUGUUGACAGUGUUGUUUGUUUAAUGUACUAUAUUUUUGGUCCAAUACGUUGUUUGUAAUGGACCAGUUGUAUAUAUUUUGUAAAGAUAUUUUUUUAUAAUAGAUGUGAUGAAUGCUUGCCAAUUUCCUCAACAUUCUGUGAUAUACUGCCAUUUUACCACUAAUUACUUUUGUCAAGGUAUAUUUGUUAAUCAUCUAGUCUAUACUGGCUAGUUAGAUAGUCUUUCAUUAUUGUCCCAUUUCAAAUUCUGAGUAGUUCCUCGUACUAAUAUUAUAGCAAACUCAGUUUACCGACAUAUACAGACUUGCCUAAAACUAUUUCAUGUUUUAAUAUAAUAGCAAACUUUGUUUAUAUACGGACUUGCCUAAAACUAUUUCAUGUUUUAAUAUAAUAGCAAACUUUGUUUAUAUACGGACUUGCCUAAAACUAUUUCAUGUUCUGUCAAAAUUUAAUAUUACCAAGUAGCAUAACAUUUCAAAUACAAAAUGUAUAACAUAAAAAUUUUUGCAAACAAUUUCCAUGCAAUAACUUAUGAACAGUGUAAACAAUGCUUUUCAAAUUUUAAUAUAUUCUUACUGAUGACAAAUAUGUCUCAAGGGAAAUAACUCAUACUCGAUUUAGAGUAAUUCAGUUGAAUCUCAGAAAACAUUAUAAAUUAUGCUGAUUAUAAAGGAACUUUAGUGUUUUGUCCUGUUAUAUUCAGUUAAUUUUUAUUAGUGCAUUUACUUCAUUGUUUACUUUCAUUUGGUAUAUUUUCUGGAGUUUGGGAAUUUUUUUUAUUGAUCAUGACCAUGUCAAUUUUAUAUGAAAAAGGUGUAUAUGUAUAUUUUAAAAUAUAUUCAUUCAUAUUUGUCAUUUUGCAGAUUUGUCUUUCAUGUUGUUGGUAUGAUCUUAUAUUGAUUUAUCAUUGUUACCAUUUAUUUUUCAAGUUUAUUUUUUACAUGUCUUAUGCAUUUGUUGUUGUUAGCAAUAUUUAAAAUAUAUAAAUCUGAAACGUUAUUGUCAAACUUUAAUGUUGUUAUGUUGCCCAUACCUUGGUGUAUAUAAGUCCUUUUUAAUGCAAUAUAGCUUUUUACCUAUUUGAUAAACAUGUAUAUAAGAUCAUCAAUCAAAUUUGAAACUUGUAUAUUGUUCAUAAUUAGGUAAAAAAGUAGGUCAGCAGGAGUAAAAGUCACAUAUUUGAUAUACAUGUACAAGAUCAUCAAACAAAUUUGAAAUUUGAAACACUGAUAGCCUUACAAAGGUGUAACAAGUACAUAUUGGUAGAGCUGUUAUCCUAUAUCUUGUAAAUACCUUUUUAAGAUAAAUAAACUUUUAUUUUUCAAAUCCAUGAAAAACUGACAUUCAAGAAAAUAUUAGAAUUUAAAGUGUAACAAAAGAAAAAGAAAACACAGUGGUUUAAUACAUGGUUAAAUUCAUAUCCUAUAGCUUUCCUGACCAAAGAAGUCAAUAUUUAGCCAUAGGUUUCAGGGGCAAGAAAGCUGAAAUAGGUGAGACAUAUUCAUACAGGAUAACAUUGAGCUGUGGCAAAACUGAAGACAAUAUUUUUGUUUGUUUGAACUUUUGUUCUUUAUAUAGAGAUUAUUGUUCUCCAGUCUGUAAACGAAUUCAAUAAAGGGUUAUAGUGCAUGUAUAUGAUGACAUAUAAUUUCUGACUGUAUCAGUCUUUAUUGUUAAUGACUUUAAGGCUAUCAAAAUUCCACUGAUCAUACAAGAACUUCAUUUGUAGACCUGAACAAUAUUUAAAAAAAGUGUUAUUCUAAAAUAGAAGUUCAUUUAUGUGUGGGAAAAAGUGUAUUGUGAAGACUGCAGUUUGUGUGGGAUAUUAUCUUUGUUGUAGUUAUUUUAAAUAUAUAAAAAUUAUGAAUGA